AUGCUUCCUGACACCGAUGUUCGUCUUCCUUCAUAUGCACUACCAUGUGGCGUCAAUACAAAUUCAAAGAAAGACAAUGCUAACGCAAACAAGGCCAACAGCAAACCAAAGAAAACUCCACGACCUCCGAACGCCUUUAUCCUCUACAGAACAGCAAAGCAACCAGUUAUAGUUGCUCAAAAUGCUGGAAUCUCUAAUAAUGAUGUUUCCAAAGAAAUUGGAAAAAUGUGGCAUGAAGAAUCUUUGGAAGUUAGACUCAAGUAUCAGAAGUUGGCAGAAAAGGCCAAAGAAGAGCACACAAAGAGAUUUCCUGAGUACAAAUAUAGACCUCGCCGUCCACAAGACAAGAAACGUCAUUUACAACAACCACCACCACCAACAGCUCACGUAGGGAAAGAGAGUUACAAAGGAAGUGAAGAGGGAAGAGAAGGAAAAAUAAACAAUCUUAAUAUUAACAAUGUUGAUAAUAGCAAUAUUGAAGAUAACAAUAUUGAUAAUAGCAAUAUCGAUAAUGAUAUUAAUGAUCUCUUAAUACACAAUUAUAAUAAUAACGGAUCAUUCUACAACAACGACAACAAUUAUCAUCAUCAAGAUCAGCAAUAUCAAUUAUUAUCAACUCAAGCACAAAUAUUCUAUCAAAAUCAAAUGAACGAAAUUCCACAAAUUAACGCAUUCUCAGCAAUUGAUAACAAUACUGAUAUUGAUCUUACUAGCAAUGAUAUUGACGGUGAUAAUAACAAUAAUCAAUUUACCGCAUAUCUUCAAAACAAUAAUAACCUGAUGGAUUUCUCGCUAUUUCAAGAACUUCAACAAAGCCAUAACAUUGACUUCAAUAAUUAUAAUCUUCCCCUCGCUUAUAAUUACAAUAACAAUAAUCUCUUUGCAACAAAACCUGAUUAUUAA